AUGCCGAAGAACCCAUAUCCAGACCAGUGGUGUACGCACCCAAAUGUACACUGUGACCCCGAUCCAAACACUACGCAUCAAGCUCAGUAUGGCUUCACACACCUUUUUGUCAAGAUUCCUAGGCCACUAAACCAACAGGACUGGGCUCGCACUAUCUUUGGACAUGCCACUGUAUGCCAAGACCAGCAUGCAUCGCUGGCCGCUACCGACAAAUAUGCGACAGGUGUGGAUCCUGAUGCAAAAUCGGUAAACGAGAAGAUUACUCCACAGGUGGAAGAGCCUGAGACAGCACUGCUUCUUACUGAAGUGGUCGAGAAGGAAGACGAUCCGCCGCUCCCAGAAGAUCCAUUUUCAGGCACAGGGACACAACAAUUCGAUUUUGUCACUGGUUUGCGCGCCGCCUCUCAACUUGUGGGGUUGGGACGCGAUGUUCUCAAUCACCCAUACUUGCAGCAAGCAGCGCCUCCCUUGAAGCACAUAACGGCAUUUAUGUCGGCCUUGCACACGCCCUCCGACGCCAACGUCAUGCCGGGUGUCGAUGUUUCACAGUUGGGACGUGCGGCAGAACAAUUGAUAAACUCCAUCACAUCUUCGAAACGCUCUGAGACCCCUUCUCAGAACGAGGUUGAAGAGAUGCUAUCGCAAACAUACCGGACCUCUGCGAACGAAGAUCCCGGUGAAGUCAAUUUGGCGGACGAAACAGAGACAUACUAUGUACCUGUUGUGAAAUCAACUGAAAAUGCAUCAGAAUCUAUCCAUUCAACUCCAUUGGGGGCUGAGCGACUAGAGUGGGUCCUGUGGACCACAUUGGUGCUUGGGACGUCCUUUUUCGUCAAUCAUACUGUGGCUGUUUUGGCAGGCAUGCUAGCAAUGGAAUCGCGUCGCUACGGUAUGGCGGCUCUCUUCGGAUGGCUUUCGCUGUGGUUCCGACAAAACAAUAUCGUAUGGGUGCUCUUCAUGAUGGGUGCAUCUAUGCUGCAGGAGCUUCAGCGCCUAUCUAGUACACCUGCAGAAAAGAUGCCUCCGAUGCUGACGCUGGUUCAACAUUCAUCGACAUGGGCCAAAUUGGUCCGUACCGGCGCGAUAUUCCUACCCGUGUUUGUCAGUUUCGCUGCCUACCUAUGGUGGAAUGAUGGCUCUGUCGUUUUGGGAGACAAAUCCCACCAUCAGCUGGCCAUGCACUUGCCUCAGCUCGGCUACUUGUUCGCAUUCACUCUAUUUUUUGGCUGGCCUGCUGUGGUUUCGUCGUUACGAGGACCUUGGCUCUACCACCAUGGCAUACUGGCAGUGGUGCUACUACUGGCCGGCUUUUUGGCUGUUCACUUUGGUACCAUGGAGCACCCUUUCUUGCUGGCAGAUAACCGCCAUUACACGUUUUAUUGGUAUGUUGUGGAUGCGCACACUCGCCCGGACUCGCAAUGCUCUCUGGAUACUUGGGUGGCUAAUUGCUACAAGUCUCACUGUGGUGCCAUCCCCCCUGAUUGA